CUGGCGCCAGACUCUCUGGUCGCGGUUUGGAACUCUGAGCGGGAAGUGGGUGGUGGGCGGGCAAGCGGUAGUGGGUUGUCCCUUGGAGCUGCCCAAUCGACGUGCAUUAUUCUGUUGGCGCACGGCUGCCUUCAAUUACCGUCUCAUUACCUGAUCUCAGCAGCCUGGGAGACACCACCCAUUUGAGCUGUAAGGAGGGCGGGGCUUUGGGUGUGCCUCCGCUCGACUGGCUGCGGCUUUGAAAGACAGCGGCAGGAGCCAAUCAGCAAAUCGACUCUUUUUCGGCACACGCAGUCGCUCCACCCGGGUCGCGACCGUUACUGGUGGCGCGCGCGGAGACUUAAAGUAGAUCAUGGAGGACACCCAGGCUAUUGACUGGGAUGUUGAAGAAGAGGAGGAGACAGAGCAAUCCAGUGAAUCCUUGAGGUGUAACGUGGAGCCAGUAGGGCGGCUACAUAUCUUUAGUGGUGCCCACGGACCAGAAAAAGAUUUCCCACUACACCUCGGGAAGAAUGUGGUAGGCCGAAUGCCUGACUGCUCUGUGGCCCUGCCCUUUCCAUCUAUCUCCAAACAACAUGCAGAGAUUGAAAUCUUAGCCUGGGACAAGGCACCUAUCCUCCGAGACUGUGGGAGCCUUAAUGGUACUCAAAUCCUGAGACCUCCUAAGGUUUUGAGCCCUGGGGUGAGUCACCGUCUGAGGGACCAGGAAUUGAUUCUCUUUGCUGACUUGCUCUGCCAAUACCAUCGCCUGGAUGUCUCUCUGCCCUUUGUCUCCCGGGGCCCUCUGACAGUAGAAGAGACACCCAGGGUACAGGGAGGAACUCAACCCCAGAGGCUUCUGUUGGCUGAGGACUCGGAGGAGGAAGUAGAUUUUCUUUCUGAAAGGCGUGUGGUAAAAAAAUCAAGGACCACAUCUUCCUCUGUGAUAAUUCCAGAGAGUGAUGAAGAGGGUCAUUCCCCUGUCCUGGGCAGCCUUGGACCGCCUUUUGCCUUCAAUUUGAACAGUGACACACAUGCGGAAGAAGGUCAGCAACCAGCCACAGAGGAGGCCUCCUCAGCUGCCAGAAGAGGUGCCAUUAUAGAGGCAGAGCAGUCUGAAGCUGAAGUUGUAACUGAAAUCCAGCUUGAAAAGGAUCAGCCUUUAGUGAAGGAGGGGGACGAUGACACAAAAGUCAAGAGGGGUGCAGGGAAUGGAGUGGUUCCAGCUAGGGUGAUUCUGGAGAGGAGCCAACCUCCUGAAGAGGACAGUGACACGGAUGUGGAUGAUGACAGCAGGCCUCCUGGAAGGCCAGCUGAGGUCCAUUUGGAAAGGGCUCAGCCUUUUGGCUUCAUCGACAGCGACACUGAUGCGGAAGAAGAGGGGAUCCCAGCAACCCCAGUUGUCGUUCCUAUGAAGAAAAGGAAGAUCUUCCAUGUUGUUGGUACAAGGGGUCCUGAAGCACCAGGCCUGGCCCAUCUGCAGGAGAGCCAGGCUGGUAGUGAUACAGAUGUGGAGGAAGACAAGGCCCCACAGGCUGUCCCUCUGGAGAAAAGCCAAGCUUCCAUGGUUAUCAACAGUGAUACAGAUGACGAGGAAGAAGUCUCAGCAGCACUGACUUUGGCACGUCUGAAAGAGAGCCAGCCUGCUAUAUGGAACAGAGAUGCAGAAGAGGACAUGGCCCAACGUGUGGUCCUUCUGCAGCAAAGCCAAACCACCACUGAGAGAGACAGUGACACAGAUGUGGAGGAGGAAGAGCUCCCAGUGGAAAAUAAAGAAGCUGUCCUCAAGGGUCACACAAAGAUUAGAGCCCUUGUUAGAGCACAUUCAGAAAAGGACCAACCUCCUUUUGGGGACCGUGAUGACAGUGUGGAAGCAGAUAAGAGCUCACCUGGGAUCUACCUGGAGAGAAGCCAAGCCUCCACCACAGUGGACAUCAACACACAAGUGGAGGAGGAAGUCCCGCCAGGGUCAGCCAUUGUACAUAUAAAGAAACAUCAGGUGUCUGUGGAGGGGACAAAUCAAACAGAUGUGAAAGCAGUCGGAGGACCAGCAAAGCUGCUUGUGGUAUCUCUAGAGGAAGCCUGGCCUCCGCAUGGGGACUGUGAAACAGAUGCGGAGGAGGGCACCUCCUUAGCAGCCUCAGCAGUUGCAGAUGUAAGAAAGAGCCAGCUUCCAGCAGAAGGGGAUGCUGGGGCACAGUGGGCUGCAGCUGUUCUUAAGCAGGAGAGAGCUCAUGAGGUGGGGGCCCAGGGUGGGCCACCUGUGGCACAAGUGGAGCGGGACCUCCCUAUCUCAAGACAGAACCUCACAGAUGUGGUGGUGGACACAGACACUCCAGGGGAAUCCACCCAGCCACAGAGAGAGGGAGCCCAGGUCCCCACAGGAAGGGAGAGAGAACAACAUGUAGGUGGGACCAAGGACUCUGAAGACAACUAUGGUGAUUCUGAAGAUCUGGACCUACAAGCUACCCAAUGCUUUCUGGAGAAUCAGGGCCUGGAAGCAGUCCAGAGCAUGGAGGAUGAACCUACCCAGGCCUUCAUGUUGACUCCACCCCAAGAGCUUGGCCCUUCCCAUUGCAGCUUCCAGACAACAGGUACCCUAGAUGAACCAUGGGAGGUCCUGGCUACACAGCCAUUCUGUCUGAGAGAGUCUGAGGACUCUGAGACCCAGCCUUUUGACACCCACCUUGAGGCCUACGGACCUUGCCUGUCUCCACCUAGGGCAAUACCAGGAGACCAACAUCCAGAGAGCCCAGUUCACACAGAGCCAAUGGGGAUUCAAGGCAGAGGGAGGCAGACUGUGGAUAAAGUCAUGGGUAUACCAAAAGAAACAGCAGAGAGGGUGGGCCCUGAGAGAGGGCCAUUGGAGAGAGAAACUGAGAAACUGCUACCAGAAAGACAGACAGAUGUGACAGGAGAGGAAGAAUUAACCAAGGGGAUACAGGACAGAGAACAAAAACAGUUGUUAGCUAGAGACACCCAGAGACAAGAAUCUGACAAAAAUGGGGAAAGUGCAAGUCCUGAAAGAGAUAGGGAGAGUUUGAAGGUAGAAAUUGAGACAUCUGAGGAAAUACAAGAGAAACAAGUACAGAAGCAGACCCUUCCAAGCAAAGCAUUUGAGAGAGAAGUAGAGAGACCAGUAGCAGACAGAGAGUGCGAGCCAGCUGAGUUAGAAGAGAAGGUGCCCAAAGUGAUCCUGGAGAGAGACACACAGAGAGGGGAGACAGAGGGAGGGAGCCAGGACCAGAAAGGGCAGGCCUCCAGCCCAACACCAGAGCCUGGGGUGGGGGCGGGGGACCUUCUGGGACCUAUCUCAGCCCCCGUACCUUCUGGGAACCAGUCAGGUGGAAGGGGAUCCCCAGUGAGCCCCAGGAGGCAUCAGAAAGGCCUCCUGAAUUGCAAGAUGCCACCUGCUGGGAAGGCUUCCAGGAUCAGAGCUGCUGAGAAGGCUUCCAGGGGCGAUCAGGAAUCUCCAGAUGCUUGUCUGCCUCCUACAGUGCCUGAAGCUCCAGCCCCACCCCAAAAGCCCCUUAACUCUCAGAGCCAGAAACAUCUUGCACCUCAGCCCCUUCUUUCUCCCCUUUUACCUUCUAUCGAGCCAACCGUUCGUAAGACCAGGCAAUAUGGGAGUCAGGAAGCUCCAGAGACUCGCUUGUCCUCAGAGCUGGAGCCUUUCCACCCAAAGCCUAAAAUCAUAACUCGGAAGUCCUCCAGGAUGACACCCUUUCCAGCUACCUCUGCUGCCCCUGAGCCCCACCCUUCCACCUCCACAGCCCAGCCAGUCACUCCCAAGCCCACAUCUCAGGCCACUAGGAGCAGGACAAAUAGGUCCUCUGUCAAGACCCCUGAACCAGUUGUCCCCACAGCCCCUGAGCUCCAGCCUUCCACCUCCACAGACCAGUCUGUCACCUCUGAGCCCACAUCUCAGGCUACUAGGGGAAGAAAAAAUAGAUCCUCUGUCAAGACCCUUGAAACAGUUGUCCCCACAGCCCCUAAGCUCCAGCCUUCUACCUCCACAGACCAACCUGUCACCUCCAAGCCCACAUCUCGGUCCACUAGGAGCAGGACAAAUAUGUCCUCUGUCAAGACCCCUGAAACAGCUGUCCCCACAGCCCCUGAGCUCCAGCCUUCCACCUCCACAGACCAACCUGUCACCCCUAAGCCCACAUCUCGGACCACUAGGAGCAGGACAAAUAUGUCCUCUGUGAAAAUCCCUGAAUCAACUGUCCCUAUAGCCCCUGAGCUCCCGCCUUCCACCUCCACAGAGCAGCCUGUCACCCCUGAGCCCACAUCUCAGGCUACUACGGGAAGAAAAAAUAGGUCCUCUGUCAAGACCCCUGAAACAGUUGUCCCCACAGCCCCUAAGCUCCAGCCUUCCACCUCCACAGACCAACCUGUCACUCCUGAGCCCACAUCUCAGGCUACUAGGGGAAGAAAAAACAGAUCCUCUGUCAAGACCCGUGAAACAGUUGUCCCCACAGCCCCUAAGCUCCAGCCUUCCACAGACCAACCUGUCACUCCUGAGCCCACAUCUCAGGCCACCAGGGGCAGGACAAAUAGGUCCUCUGUCAAGACCCCUAAAACAGUUGUCCCCACAGCCCCUGAGCUCCAGCCUUCCACCUCCACAGACCAGCCUGUUAUCCCUGAGCCCACAUCUCAGGCUACUAGGGGAAGAACAGAUAGAUCCUCUGUCAAGACUCCUGAAACAAUUGUCCCCACAGCCCCUGAGCUCCAGGCUUCUGCCUCCACAGACCAGCCUGUCACCUCUGAGCCCACAUCUCGGACCACUAGGGGAAGAAAAAAUCAGUCCUCUGUCAAGACCCCUGAAACAGUUGUGCCCACAGCCCCUGAGCUCCAGCCUUCCACCUCCACAGACCGACCUGUCACCUCUGAGCCCACAUCUCAGGCCACUAGGGGCAGGACAAAUAGGUCCUCUGUCAAGACCCCUGAAUCAAUUGUCCCUAUAGCCCCUAAGCUUCAGCCUUCUACCUCCAGAAACCAGCUUGUCACCCCUGAGCCCACAUCUCGGGCCACUAGGGGCAGGACAAAUAGGUCCUCUGUCAAGACCUCUGAACCAGUUGUCCCCACAGCCCCUGAGCCCCAUCCUACCACCUCCACAGACCAGCCUGUCACCCCCAAGCUCACAUCUAGGGCCACUAGGAGAAGGACAAAUAGGUCCUCUGUCAAGACUCCCAAACCAGUUGAACCAGCAGCCUCUGAUCUUGAGCCUUUUACUCCCACAGACCAGCCUGUCAUCCCUGAGGCCAUAGCUCAGGGUGGUCAGAGCAAAACACUGAGGUCUUCCACAGUAAGAGCUAUGCCAGUUCCUACCACCCCUGAAUUCCAAUCUCCUGUCACCACAGACCAGCCUAUUUCCCCUGAGCCUAUUCCUCAACUAAGUUGCAUCAAGAGGCAGAGAGCCACGGGGAAUCCUGGCUCCCUCGCAGCUCCCAUUGACCAUAAGCCUUGCUCUGCACCCUUGGAACCUAAAUCCCGGGCCUCAAGGAACCAAAGAUGGGAAGCAGUGAGAGCAGCUGAAUCCGUUACAGCCAUUCCUGAGCCUGCCUCUCCCCAGCUUCUUGAGACACCAACUCAUGCCUCCCAGAUCCAAAAGGUGGAACCAACAGGUAGAUCUAGGUUCACCCCGGAGCUCCAGCCUAAGGCCUCUCAAAGCCGCAAGAGGUCUUUAGCUACCACGGAUUCACCACCACAUCAGAAACCGCCCCAAAGAGGGGAAGUCUCCCAGAAGACAGUGAUUAUCAAGGAAGAGGAAGAAGAUACUGCAGAGAAGCCAGGGAAGGAAGAGGAUGUCGUGACUUCAAAACCAGGCAAGAGAAAGAGAGACCAGGCAGAGGAGGAGCCCAACAGAAUACCAAGCCGCAGCCUCCGACGGACCAAACUUAACCAAGAAUCAACAGCCCCCAAAGUGCUCUUCACAGGAGUGGUGGAUGCUCGGGGAGAGCGGGCUGUGCUGGCACUGGGGGGAAGUCUGGCUUGUUCAGCGGCAGAAGCUUCCCACCUGGUCACUGAUCGCAUCCGCCGGACAGUCAAGUUCCUGUGUGCCCUGGGGCGGGGAAUCCCCAUUCUCUCCCUGGACUGGCUGCAUCAGUCCCGCAAGGCUGGUGUUUUCUUACCCCCGGAUGAAUAUGUGGUGACCGACCCUGAGCAAGAGAAGAACUUUGGCUUUAGCCUUCAAGACGCACUGAGCCGGGCUCGGGAACGAAGGCUGCUAGAGGGCUAUGAGAUCUAUGUGACCCCUGGAGUCCAGCCACCACCACCUCAGAUGGAAGAGAUCAUUAGCUGCUGUGGAGGCACAUACCUACCCAGCAUGCCUCGGUCCUAUAAGCCUCAGAGAGUUGUGAUCACAUGCCCUCAGGACUUCCCUCGUUGUUCUGUUCCACUGCGGGUUGGGCUGCCGCUCCUCUCACCUGAGUUCCUGCUGACUGGAGUGCUGAAGCAGGAAGCCAAGCCAGAGGCCUUUGUCCUUUACCCUUUGGAGAUGUCAUCCACCUGAGAACUCCACUACCCUUUUCCCUCCCAGACCACGAAUUAGAAGAUAUGUGGAAGAAAGAACUUAGGUCGUUAGAAAGGAUUGGGGUAUAUUGAUACAACUUGUCCUGGAACAUGGGUGGGACCAGAAAUCUUUAUGAAUAAAUGAAAAGAUAAGGGAUUUGGAAGCCACAGGUUGUUUUUUGUUUGUUUUUUUAAUGGCCAUUUUAUUUUAUUUGUAUUUAUAGUUUUUUAUUUGUAUAGAUUUAGGGGAUACAAGAUUUCUUACAUGCAUGUAUUAAAUGGCCAUUUUAAAAUUAGCUAGUUUCAUGCUCAGAUGUCAUAAGUGGCAGCUAUCUUUAGCCAGACUGUUGCAGUUAUUGCUCGAUGCCACUCGUGUCCUACCUCCUAUUUGGAAACCAUCUCUAUUGUUUUCUUACUGAGAUUCUUAUUUUGGGGUCAGGAACUUGAAGGGAUGCUUGGAGUGAGUAGAUCUGAGGGUCCAGUUAUGGAGUGCUACUAAAACAUUUUCUUCUCCUGGCCUCUGGAAGCAUCUUUAGCUUUGACUUUGGGCAAGUCUCUGUACUUUUCUGGCCAGCUUUUCCAGGAUUUAUAAAAUUAGAGCUUCGGCUUAACUUCUGUGAUAAAUAAAUAUUCACUCUGUGCC